UGCUAAGCAUGUGCAAUGACGUCAUGUAUGUAUUGCUUUCCAAAUGCACGUUCCUGCCCGUCCAUUGAUAGCUCCUUGCAGGCGGACGCGGAGGACGGUCCAGCUCAGACGCGACUUUCCACCGUGAGAAUUCUGGAGCGUGCCGCUGCAUGGGGCACUUCGGCGGAGAAUAUAGGAAGCCUCGAGCGCGCGGGGAAGCACGGAGAAUUCUACUGCAGAAUGCAUCUUCGCGAAAAGUUAUUUUGUUUUUGUUUUUCCGGUUUCUUUUCUGUGUGAUUGUUUGCUUUGCAAUCUUGGAGAGAAAUUGUAUCGCUAACGGUGACGUGCUUUUCCGUAAUCGCGCAAAACAUUAAUGCCCAGUUUAAGGAUGAGCGUAUAUGAACCAAUAGAACUUAUUUUUCGACUCGAUUUUUUUUCUCUCCUGCUGUUCUACGGAUGAGCAUUAGUCUGCUAUGGGGACAGACUGCUGUCAACAUGAGUUUGGACACUGAGGAUGCUGCGAAUGUUUGGGGCAACGGUUCUUCGGAGCUGUUAAACGGGACGUCGGUGUAUGCCAACAACUCGAACAUUACCUGGAGGAAUAACAGCGAACUCGGUCCGUUGGACCUUAACCGGGCGGUGCCGUUGGGCAUCGUUCUGGGGGCGUUCAUCGUUUUCGCGAUCGUGGGAAACAUCCUUGUCAUUCUCUCCGUGGUGUGCAACAGGCAUCUGCGAACCCCGACGAACUACUUCAUUAUCAACUUGGCCAUCGCCGACCUGUUGCUGGGCACCACCGUGCUCCCCGUGUCUGCCACUCAGGAGAUUCUCAACUCCUGGGUGUUCGGGAAGAUUUUCUGCGACAUUUGGGCAGCGCUGGACGUCUUGUGUUGCACGGCGUCGAUAAUGAGCCUGUGCGUGAUAUCCAUAGACCGCUACUUCGGAGUGAGCUACCCGCUCCAGUACCCGAGCAUCGUGACGGAGAAACGGGCACUGUUGGCGAUGAUCGGGGUGUGGGUGCUGUCCUUGGUCAUCUCCAUCGGACCUCUUUUCGGGUGGAAGCAGGAGGCCCCACCCGACGACACCGUCUGUGUGAUCACCGAGGAGCCGUUUUACGCGCUGUUCUCCUCGCUGGGGUCCUUCUACAUCCCGCUGGUCGUGAUCCUGGCCAUGUACUGCCGGGUGUACAUCGUGGCCAAACGGACCACCAAGAAUCUGGAGGACGGGGUGAUGCGCGAGCGGAUGAACUCCAACGAGCUCACGCUGCGGAUCCACAAGGGCUCGCAGGUGCACGAGGACGGCGGGCCCGCGGGCGCGGCCAAGGGCCGCGGGCACCACUCGAGAAGCUCGCUCACGGUGAAACUGCUCAAGUUCUCCCGGGAGAAGAAGGCAGCGAAAACCCUCGGCGUGGUGGUGGGCAUGUUCACCCUCUGCUGGCUGCCGUUCUUCCUGAUGCUGCCCAUAGGGUCGUUCAACGUGAGCCUGCGUCCGCCCGACACGCUCUUCAAGGUGAUCUUCUGGCUGGGCUACUUCAACAGCUGCCUGAACCCCAUCAUCUACCCCUGCUACAGCCGCGAGUUCAAGCUGGCCUUCAUCCGCAUCCUGCGGUGCCAGUGGAGGCGCAGGAAACGCCCAGGCUGGCGGGCCUACCACUGCCGGAGCUCCAACUUCAGCUCCUCCGGCCGCUCGCGCAAGGACUCGUCGGACAACGCCUCGGGGUGCCUGAACGGCAGCCAGCGCACCCUGUCCUCCGCCAGCCCCAGCCCCAGCUACCUGAGCAAGGCGCCGCGCGGGGGCUUCCCGCUGGAGCCCCGCCACAGCUGGGCGCCGCGCUUCUCCCUGCCGGGGAGCGCCCUGGAGGGGGCCGAGUUCGGCACGACCCCGCCCCGGCGGGGCCCGUCCGCCCCGGGCGCCGAGAGGAACGGGAGCCCGGGGGGCUCGGAGUCGCCGGCCUCCGCCGCCGGGAACCCCGUGUGA